CAGCCCACGGUCCGCGCUCCAGUAUAGCGCUCCGCCCCGCUCCGCUCCGCAGCGCCGCGCCGUGCUGUGACGUGCGCGCCGCCCGCCUAGCACGGAGCGGUAGACCCUUCAUAGGACAAAGAGCAAGAAGAAAUUAGAAAUGGCGGACCCCGCGGCGAUGCACAGCGAGGCGUCCUACCUGGCGGUGUACGGCCUGGUGUCUGUGUUGCUGGUCACGCUCGUGGGUGGCUUGCUGUACGUCGCCUGCUCGCGCAGGUACCGCCUCAACUGGUUCGAGAAGAACCUGCUGGAGGCCGCCGAGAAGGGCCACAUCGACGAGAGUGAGGAGGCGCUGGUGGAGGACACUGGAGAGGGCGACAAGUUCUGGGUGCCGCCCAGCCUGCACCGGCAGAACAGCUUCUGCCCCAGCGACGUCGUACAGGACACGUCUGGAGAGUCGAGCCCGUGCACGCCGCAGGGCUUGCCGCUGUCGCCGCAGCACGUACAGCAACAGCAGCAGCAGCAGCCGACGCCGGGAGCGGUGACGCCGGAGGCGCCCACAGCGGCGGUAGCGGGGGCGGAGGCGGGGGCGGUGGCACUGCCGCUGGCGCGCAGCGACAAGCACGUGGUGCUGGCCACGGCGCCUGCGCGGCCACGCGUCUCCUCCAUGCACACCAAGCUGGACCACACCAAGAUAGACACCUCCCUCUACCAGAAGCAGGCACUGACAACCAGGUCUCCCAGUCUGCCUGAGGAGCCAGUGGGCUCCAUCCAGAUGGCGCUGGCCUACGACCCGGCAGCCGGAAUCCUGACGGUGCGACUUCUGGAGGCGCACGACCUUCAGGCGAGGGACUUCAGCGGCACCGCCGACCCGUACGCCAAGAUCCGCCUGCUGCCCGACAGGGGGAACGUCUGGCAGACGCGCAUCCACAAGAAGACGCUCAACCCAGUGUUCGACGAGGACUUCGUGUUCGAGGUGUCGCCGGCAGCGCUGCCGCGGCGCACGCUGGAGGUACUCCUGUAUGACUUCGACGCGUACUCGCGCCACCACAGCAUCGGCGGCGUGCAGCUGCCGCUGGCGCAGGUCGACCUCUCCGAGAGGCUCACCCUCUGGAGGCAGCUCGGGCCCUGCGCCGACCAGGACGCCAAGGCGGAGCUGGGCGAGGUGAUGGUGUCGCUGUCCUUCCUGCCAUCUGCAGAGCGCCUCACAGUCGUCGUGCUGAAGGCUCGCAACCUCAGAAUCGUCGACGACACCCGGGCGUCCUCUGACCCCUUCGUGAAAGUGGCACUGGUGCAAGGCGGCAAGCGUGUCAAGAAGAAGAAGACGGGUGUCCACCGGAACACAGUGAACCCUGUGUUCAACGAGGCACUCACUUUUGACGUCAGUCGAGAGGCACUUUCAAGAAGCAGUCUUGAGAUUCAGGUGCUGCAUGACAGCCUACUGGGUCCUAGUGAGCUGCUUGGACGUGUAUUGCUGGGCAGUGACUGUGGAUCCUCCACGGAUCGCGCCUUCUUCUCAGAGGCAGUUGCUAGCAAGACAGCAACAGCACGCUGGCUGCAGCUUAGUGAACCUCAAUGAGCCUGAGAACUGAGACACACUAGUAUGGCAUGAAGGGAGCCCACAGCCCAGAAGAGAACAGUUACCAAAGAUCCCGUGAGAAUGUUACCUGUGGGUUUUGUCAAAGUUAAUUAAUUGUGGGAAAUGAGACAGGCUUGUGCCAGCCAAGAAAGGGAAAUUCAUAAAAUUUUUGAUGACCAGCUCCUUCCAAUGUGUUUUGUGACUAGGUCUGCAUUUUGUUCCACCCUAAUGUUGUGAUUGCACUCAUCCAACAAUAUAUCUGUGAUUGAAAAAAUACACUUUCAACUGGUUACACAAACUCCAGUUAUCUUCCAGGAUGUUUAAGGACAAGACCUGCAUCUCCAAGAAACUUUACAUCAUUUCUGAAAGUUGUAUUGAUUGAUAAUUGUGAGUUGAUAAUAGAUGAAUUAAGUCCUUUAAGAUGUAUCGAGAUAAACAACUUCCUUCUUUUCAUAUAAAUAGCUUUGAAAACAGAACAUGAGCUUCACUGAAUUAAACAUUUGUUUUGGUUUUGUUUUGCACUGUCCCUGUUCACUGAAACUGUUCAUUUGAGGUGUUAUUUACCUUCCAAUUUAUCUCAUGGUUCCCCUGGCAUUAUUGAGUAGGAACACAUGGGUGCAAAAAUAAAUUGCACUACUCAGUUACAAAUUGCUGUUGUUGAGGAAAAUUUGGUUUCUUUACUUUCUUGCAUGCCUUUUAUAGUAGUGGAUAACAGAAAAUAUUGCCCUAAAUAUAGUAUUUCAGUAAAUCUAAUAAAAUUUACAUUGGUCAACAUUUAGUCACAUAAAUGACAUCAGACAUGGACCUAGGACUGGGAAAUAAGCUGUCAAUAUAUUCAUUGUAUGUGCUAAAGAAAUCCCUGUGGUAAUAAAAUUGAAAUAAAUGUGAAAUUUACAUGGUAAAGACUGCAGACUAUGUAUGAAGACUCAUUCUGACUGAAUGUACAGGUUGUAGACUCAUAUAAUGCACCAACAGUUGUAUAUUACUAUUAUUAUUAUCUGCUACUGCUUGCAUUUCCCUCUUCAGGUGGUCAGUUCACCUGCAGAAUCAUGAGUAUACCAUAGCUGAAGAUAGAUGAACAUGAGCGGUGGGUUGUACCUGCCAUUCAUCAUCACUUACACCCUUCACCCAAGUCUUCUCACACAGCUGGUUGUAUGCAGUGAACAAAACCAUAGCCACAGCACUUAUCACAAGCAACCAAUUUGAGCAGCCCUUUCUGUGGAUUUCCCUAAGCAUUCUCCUUUAAAAAAGUAACAUCAUAAAGCAAUAAAACCCUACUAAAUAUUGAAAAUCAUGUUGUAUCACAGUCAUCUAAUAUGACAAUCUUCAUUAUUAUUACCAGUCUCAGUUUUUACUGAUCAUCCUAGGUUACAGGAAGUUUUAUAAUUACAAUAUCUUUGUGAUACAUAUAUGGUGUUCCAUUCUGCUCUAUGCAUAAUCCAUAAAAUGAACUGAAGAACAGAACUCCAUAUGUAAAAUUUAAAAAUUGUUCUAAAGAUCCAGUAUAUCAAUUUUGUUACAGUCCAUCCUAAUAGUAUGCCACAUAUAAUUUCUGGAGGUCUAAAAAUUGUUGGAACAAUAUUACUGGUAGAUGUCUGAACCAUUACUGUCUUGUUGUGACAUUCUUCCAACAGGUGUUGUAUAUUUUGUAGUAUUAGACUAUUGAUGUGUUGGACCUUCUGAUCAGUGUUUGGAUUCUACAUAAGGCCAUUUGUGAUCCAGUUUGUGUUUUUGGUGCUAUAUAGAAUGAGAUGGAAUCUCAUGUACAUAUUCACACAGAUUUUGUACAAGAUUACCAUUAGUAACAAUCAAAAAUUGCAGCAAUAAAAAAAGACCAUUUGGCAGUGGUACAUGAUUCUUGACAAACAUGUGCAAACUGAAAAUAUUACAGGAGCUGUUAUUAAAAAGUUGCUAAUGCUACAAAACUGUGCUGAACACACUUCAAAGACCCUUCUUUCAUUUGAUACAACUAUUUACUUAAGAAACUGAACAGUGUUUACUGACAAAAAUUGUCAGGCUGAUGGUUUUCCUUAUCUGUUCAGGACCUUUCAAAUUGCCAUUAUGUUCUUUCAU